CUUGGCUCACCUCGACACAGGAGAACAUUCCCUUACAACUAGUCGAUGUACAGCAGGGGAUGUUCGGUACUACUUUAGGGUUUAAAAUGGAACGAACGUAUGCAAACGGCUCUGACUGUGCUGCGCUGAGCCACUCAGUGGUGGUGUUGCGUCUGGGGAACAAGCUCAAUAUUCUGGGAUUAAGUGGACCGGUUGGGAACUCUUCUGUCGUCCGAAUAAAAGUAGAGGUGGACACAGAUGUCGUACGCCAAUUGGCCGCGUCAAUCACCCAAGGGAGUGGUAUCACAUGGCGGGCGUGCUCACUUCGAACGUCUGUGGUGUCCCACCAACGAAUGUACGAUGCGGCUCUCAGACAAUCAAAUGUUCCCUUUUUGAGUUCCUUAUUGCGGGGUGCCGGAGGUAUUGCGAUCUCCGACACAGACCCGCCAGCCUCGAUCGGUAGCCGAGACACGACGUCCACAGUCUCAGCAACACCAACACGCCAACUGAAGACCACCUUGAAUGCCACCCAGAUACAGGCCAUCACACCGUUUCUGCAAAGCACUGAUCCGGUCGUGCACUGUAUUGAGGGACCACCGGGAACAGGACAGGGCCACAGAUGUCUAGUUACCGCUUCGUCCAAUAAAGCGGUCAGCGUUGUGGCGACACAAUUCCAUACGCAAAUUCAAUCCGGCCCCUCCAGCGGCAUAGCGGUGGCUAUUUUGCGAUCAGAAGACAGACAGGUCCAGGCCCAAAUAUCGGACCCGGAACCUCAUCUGGCACAAUACGCUGUCGAUACAUGGGGUAUGAUUGGCUAUAUGUUAGUGCAAACCGCACUCGCAAAGCCGUACGAUGCCUUUGAUCUGGUGAAUCAUGCACAGGCGGUGUUUGCCACCCUCUCCACAUUGGGUGGCUGGGAAGUGGUGCAGAAAAUGCGAGCCGUUGACGUACUGAUAGUGGAUGAGGCAUCACAGACUACUGAAGCCGAGACAUGCAUUGCAUUUCAGUUCCAGCCCAAGAGGUUGUGUUUCAUAGGCGACACCAAGCAGCUACCCCCCACGGUCUUCACCCAGGCCACUGUCUCCAAAAUCUCAAAUACGAGUGACACGGGAACAACGGUGGUUGGUCGUGAUCCAAAGCUCGAUAUUGGGUCCAAUGGCCCAAAAAUCGAGUUAGGGUUUGGCAGAAGUGCUAUGUCUAGACUGGUAGAUGGGUGCAGAUACCCAUGCGCCAGACUCACUACGCAAUACCGUAUGCACCCACAAAUAGCCCGAUUUCCAUCAGAAAGGUUCUACGAGGGUUCCUUAAUUAAUGCUAGAACCAAGGAUCUGGUCCAACCUUGGCAUCGCUUUUUAGGACCGUACGCGUUCAUAAACUGUCCAAAGGGCACCGAAAUCAAAACGGGUCGCAGUUAUAAGAACCAAGCGGAGGUGGAGAUGUGCUUGAAGCUCGUUGAGCAAUUAGAAACACGCUUUGCAGUGGCACCAGCCAAUCAGAUCGCUCUGAUAACCUUCUAUCAGGGCCAGGUGCAGGCUCUGAACGAAGCUUUCGCCCAAGCCAAAGGCGGGUACAAGGGUGUCUGCGCGUACUCAGUGGAUUCGUACCAGGGAUCAGAGCAGGACAUCGUAAUCCUGAGUACCGUUCGAUCUAACAGGUAA